CGUCAUCUAGUUUUUAAUGAUAUGAACUUUUGAUUUAGUUUUAUGCUUGUAGUGCCUUGAAGCUAACCGUUUAUGCCGCACAUAUCUAAUUUGAGCAAGUAAUGUUUCGUUCAAAGCGUACCUUUGAAGAGUAUCAACACUUGCUUGAAAACGAAGGCGGAGCUCCAAACGACUUUACUGUGCAUGAUAUAGAUGAAACUUAUAGUGAAGAGGAUAAUCACUACAAUCAUGAUUAUGGAGAUGAUGAUGACUCUGAUGUCGUGUUUGAUUUGGAUCCAUCUCUUAUACCCUUACCUGAAGGGUUUAAUGACGAUGAAGAAGUGUUGACCAUAGAUGCUCAAGGAAACGUGAGUAAGCUUAGGGGACGAAUUACCGUAAAUGUGGUGAUUGGCUUGGAUGUUGGAACUAGAAUUCUAGUACCAAUGAACAAGCUUUUACAACCUGUUAAGAAAGCGGGAGGUCUGUUCAACCGAUUUCUAGCUAACAUUGCAAAGCGUCCUCGAUUCUGUCCUAUAAAUUAUAGUGAUUGGCGUGUUGUGCCUACAUUAUAUAAAAAUCGCAUAUUGGACUACAUAAAGAAAAAAUUUGUGUUGCCAUCCACCGAUUCAGCUAAAGACAAAAUUUUAAGCACUAUUGGAGAGAGGUUAAGAGGUUACAAGCAUUCUUUACGACAAAAAUAUAUUCAAAAAGGUACAACCAAGGAGGACCUGUAUAAUUUGCCCAUUUCCAAGUCAGGUGGCAAUGAGGGUCUUGUACGUCCGAAAGACGUGGAUGACGCUAUGUGGGCUGGAUUUGUAACAUUGUCUUUUUCACCAGGUUUUGAGAAAAAGUCUCAACAUGGGAAGAAUGCUAGAGAAAAACUAACACAUUCUCACACUAAUGGAUCUGAAAGUUUUGCAAUUUCAUUCGAUAAGUUUGAAAGGAAGCAUAAAUGGAAGCCAGGGCCAAUCGAGCGGUUCAUACAAACACUCAUCGACUACUACAAAAGUUCUUUUUCAGAAUGGUAAGGGUGAACAACAGAAGGUUUCUCAAAGAACACCCAUAACUACUGCCAGUGACACAGCUGUUUUGCAACCACAAAAAUGUACAACUGUUAGGCAUAAUGUAACCCACAAGGAAAUGAACAAGGUCCAGUUAUCUCGAGCUCAAAUAGAAUUGUUGGUGGACAAAGUGGUAAAAAGAUUACCCUCAUGAACUACAAAAGUAUCGAUCUCCAGCAAAAAGAGAAUUUGUUCUUUUGUUCUUAGAGGGAGUGGCUACUGGUUUGUGCAAGAACAGGGCAGAUCCAGAUCUGUUAAACACAGUACUACGAGAAAAGCUAGACAAAUCUAUACUUGUGUCGAACAAAGAUAAUAACACAAGAAAAGAUGGUAAAACUU